UAUCAACAAUGUAGGCUUGAUAAAAAAAACUCAGUUUUGACACUUGACGGCCAUAACCUCAAUAUUUCACCAAUACUCGCAUCGUAUUGCUUGUGUAUGUGUGUGUACAAGUGCCACUUCAAUAGCAAAUUUUCGCAAAGACUUCCCCGUAAUUGAUUUGGAAAACUCAGUGUCAAAAAAAGUCUUCUGGUAGUAAUAGGUUUCGAUAAGGGGCACAACAAUUUUUUUUUUUCAACGAAAAGCCAAACUUGAUGUGAACAUGUUGUGAAAGUGGUUUAAAUAUACAAAUCUAUCGAAAAUGAUGAUAUUUUGCAAUUAGCACUAUUUAUUAUUGUUGACAUAACUUGUUUUCAUUCGAUGACAGCUUGAAAAUUGCUUUUGUAUUGACAUGAACCAAAACGAGUAGAUUUGCUCUUUUUCGUUCGGAAAAUAUUGUGAUGAGGCUUUUUAAAGGCCAUGUUUGCACUUUUAUCACAUAUUUUCAGUAGAACUUGCAAAACUACCAUGAGCGGACUAAAUACUACGAAAAGUAGACUGAUGCUAUCCACUGCCCAUGCAUUGAUUGGUUUGGGCUUAAUUUUAAUUCAAGUAUUGCACACCAGUUCAGUAUUCGAAACGAAAACAAAUUUCAGCCGAAAGAAUCGACUCGAACGGCACACAUACUUUCGAAAUGAGGAUGCAAUUUACAUGUAUAUUUACCACACCAUGGCUGAGGCCAAGGACUUUCGUACCGGAUUCGCACAAAUCAUGGAAAAUAAUUACACUGAACAUUUACAUACAGUGAAUAGCAUCGAACGUUACUCAAUUUUACCUGAAAUUGUGAUUGCAUAUUUAUAUAAACAAUUUAUCCAGUUGACUAUGUACUAUAACAUUCCGACGGUGUCAUGUUGGGAACGUGUUGCAUCGAGCGAUCCAGACCAAUCUGUGGACAAUAUGCUGAUCGAUGUUGAUACUUUUGACGAUAAUGAUAAUACGAUUUAUCGACAUAAUUUAUACCAUUACUAUGAUCAGCAUACAAAUGUGGUGUGCGAUGGACCUGGUUUGCCAAUUUUCUUUUACCUUGAAGUGACAUGGUAUAUGGGUGGACUUUCUCUAUUCAUUGUAUAUUUGUUUGCAACUUAUUUGAGUCGUAACGUGUUCGCCGGUCUGUUCGCCGCAUUAUAUUAUUUUUGCAUUCACAAUGAUGCGACUCGAAUUCAUACGAAUCCAGCGGCACGUGAAAACUUUGCCAUUCCAUUUAUCAUAAGCCAAAUUUAUUUUUUAACCGUUUGGAUCGAGCAUCAUAAUGGAUACUACACGAAAAUCGACAAGAUAAAAGAAGAGACAAAAGACUCGACGACUAAAAUAAAUAAUCUUGAAGAGAGCAAUCGAUCAAAUCACAUCAAAUUGGCAUUUUUCACAGCGUUUGCCAUUUUAAUAUGGGAUUUUUCCACAUACAUUUUUGCCGCUCAAAUUCUCAUCGUUUUAUUUAUGGUAAAAAUGCGUCUGAUCAAACGGCGUCAUAUAUUUUUGCAGAAUUUUCUACUUGCCCAAAUAAUGGCCCGGUUGAUAGCCACAAAUAUUGUGAAAUAUGGAUGGGCCGAAUUUCAUCACAAACCUAUGAAUUUCGAUUGUUCAGCGUUGAUCACAUUGUUAUUGUAUAUCGUGCAAAAGUAUCCAACACAUAAUCAUCGGAGUAAAUAUCGAAGAAUUGAACGAAUCAUUUUACGUUUAUUUUUGUUGGUAAUGGCAUUCACAACGGUGUUUGAGCUAAUAUCCCAACGAAAUUUUAACUCACAAUACAUGGAUGUAUUGCUUACGAAAUUAUACCUGAAGGAGCCAACAUUUACAGCACUGUUGACAAUGUGUCGUAAAGAUUACAAGUUCAUCGAUGUCGGAACGUUGAAUGCAUAUAAUUCGCUCUUUGGUAGUAAAGUACUGAUUGUAUUCAUGUUGACAGUGGUGCCAAAUUGGUUGAAGCAACAACGAGAAGUGGACGAAAGUUCCAAUGAUCGAAUUCAACGUGCCAAAAACUAUUUGCUCGAAGACUAUUUGGAAGAGAAUAAAUUGUCGAUGGCGGAUUUGGCGAAAAUUGAGAAAAAUUCCAAGCUCCAAGUUUGCUUAGAUCUCCUAAAAGUGUGCAAGUACGAUUAUGAAAAGUACAAGUAUGAACGAAAACGUAUGCUAGAAGAAGAGAAUAAAGAGCGUCCACAAAUUGAACGUGAUGCAUUUCUGAACGAAGUGCGACGGUACAAAAGUGAAAUCAGUGAAACAACGGAAGGAACUCCGCCGAUAGAUGACAUUGAAAUUGAACCGGAAUCAGAAGAUCAAGAACCAAAAGCAGACACUGAAACUGAAAAUCAAAAACAUCACGAUAGACAAAAGGUGAAUGGAGUGACUGACAAGAAUAAAACUGAUACUGAUUCAACGACGGUUGAUGCGGUACGGUUUGACUGGCGUAAAUUGCUAACCAUUGAAAGAUCCGAGUAUUUUUAUAAUUUGGCACAAACGGCUGCAUUUUUUCUGUUCGCAGUCUUGAUAAUAAAAGUUAAAUAUGUGUUAACACCAUUCUUAUGUAUAAUGGCAUCGACAUUCCCACCGAAAGCGUUAAUACCGCGAAACUAUGGACUUUGGCUGAUUUACGCGGUUGUAAUUGGCAGUUGCAUGAUUGACCGUGGCGUUUCUAAUAUUCGAGAUCAGUAUAAUUUAAGAGAUGGCGCUUCCAAAGCGGCGCACUUAAGAGACGAGGUUAUCACAUCGGAACAACGCGAUUUGCGUGACAUGUUGAAAUGGAUUAAAUCAAACACGGAUCGCACCGAAGUAUUUGCUGGACCGGAUGAUGUGAUUGGUUUGGUUUUACUGACAACAGGUCGACCCAUUUCCAAUAAUGCACUCAGCGAUCAUCCGUACAUGAAGCAUCGAUCAAAGGUUGUCUAUUCGAUGAUGAGCAAACAAGAUUCGAAUGCGGUGUAUGUUCAACUGGCUGAACUUAAAAUUGAUUAUGUCAUUGUGUCAAAUCGUGAUUGUUUCGGUUACAAUGACGGUUGUAAGAUAUCUUCAAUUUGGGAUCGAAUUCAGCCGGAAUAUCAAAACAACGUACAACUCUGCGCCGAUUUGUAUCAGCGACCGAACUUGAAUUUCUUAAAAAUAUUCGACAACCAACAUUACAUGAUUUUGAAGAUAUUCGAACGUUUUCAAAUCGAUUUGAAUCUGAUUCAAGUGCAAAUGCAAGAGAAAAACAUGUAGUCGAGGUUUUUAUACAAAUUUCAUUGUUCGUAAUGGAAACAUUUAUGCAACAUAAAAUGUUGAUCUAGUAAAAUUCGAAUAGAUUUUAUAGAAAUAUACUCAAUUUGCGUGAGCAAAUUUUAAAAUCUUUUUUUAAACAAUUAUACUUGCGGUAUGCGCAAUGAUGUAUCAAUGUUUGUAUGUCAAUAAAUUAUUGUAUUUAAAAAGGA